AUGAAGUCUAUUUCACUUAUUGUUGCAGCUCUUGCUGUUGGUGCUUUUGCAGAGCUCCAUACUCAAGGUGUUUGCAUCGAUACCCCUGGCAAAGGAGUGGAGGUCUACAAUAAAGCGGCGACCGAAAAGGCAUGUGAUGCCUAUAAGAAGCGGAACACUGGUGACAAGCAAUGGGAUCAAUGCCCCGAUUGUACGCUUCUGAACGAGAAGGACCUCCUAUACUAUUGCGAGUCCAAGGGGAGUCACCUCGGAGGUGAUGAGUUACACUAUUACUGUACCCAAAAUGGUGCAGCUGACAGUGUUGCUUGGUGA